UAGGGCUGGAAGGAAGGAGCCUUUCCCCGCCUAUCGCCUUCCCUCCCGAGGCGGCUCCGGGCGUGCUGAGCGAGAGGACGUGGUCCACCUUCCCCCUUGGUGCUGCCUCUCGCUCGCUGUGCUCUUCCCCGUUGCCAUCUCGCCUGCCCUGCGCCCCGCCGGCAGUGGGUCUGGGAGCACGGCGGCCCUCGGGCGGGAGAGAGGCCGCCAUGUCGGGGAGCGUCGGGCCGAGGCCCCUCCCCGGGACUCCGCUACCCCGUUCGGGCCCGCUCGGCCGCGGGGCGGGCAGUCCCGGCUCGGCACGCCGUGACCCGCCCGGCUCUCCCGGAACCUCUGCCCGCUGCGCCCGGUUGAGCUCUCCUCAAGAUGAAAGCCGGAGGCCUCAGAUCCUCACGGUUCCGGACCCGGCUGCGAUUGGAAUUAUUGGUGGAACUGGCCUGGAUGAUCCGGAUAUCUUAGAAGGAAGAACAGAAAAAUACGUUGAUACUCCUUAUGGCAAGCCAUCUGAUGCUUUGAUAUUGGGAAAGAUAAAAAAUGUGGACUGUGUGCUGUUAGCAAGACAUGGAAGGCAUCAUACAAUUAUGCCAUCAAACAUCAAUUACCGUGCCAAUAUCUGGGCAUUAAAAGAGGAAAAUUGUUCACAUGUACUAGUGACUACUGCCUGUGGUUCAUUACGCGAGGAGAUACAACCUGGUGAUCUUGUCAUAAUUGACCAGUUCAUUGACAGGACAACUCAAAGACAUUGUACUUUGUAUGAUGGGCAGCAUUCCAGUCUUUCAGGAGUUUGUCACGUUCCAAUGGCAGAACCGUUCUGCGCCAAAACCAGAGAGGUUCUUAUUGAGACUGCCAAGAAGCUUGGACUCCAGUGUCAUUCCAAGGGAACAGUGAUCACAAUUGAAGGCCCACGCUUCAGUUCUCGAGCAGAAAGCUUGAUGUUUCGCAGCUGGGGAGCUGAUGUUAUCAACAUGACCACAGUGCCUGAAGUGGUUCUUGCAAAAGAAGCUGGAAUGAGUUAUGCUAGUAUUGCCAUGGCAACAGAUUAUGACUGCUGGAAGGAGCAUGAAGAAGCAGUUUCAGUGGAUAAGGUUUUAAAGACACUUAAAGGGAAUGCAAAUAAGGCUACUAGCAUACUCCUAACAGCUAUACCUCAGAUAGGUUCCAUGGAAUGGACAGAUACCCUGCACACCCUGAAAACAACAGUGCAGUGUUCAGUCAUUCUGCCAAAGCAGUAACAACCUGGAUGGACCUUGAAGUUUGAGCAUUCACAAGGAACAGGGGAUCACUUUGGAACUUCCAGAGGUUACAGUAUCUUCAAAAAAAUGUACAAGUAUAAAAAGAAUUGAGUAAACAUUGACCAAUAAUGGAUGGUAAUGAUUGAUAAUGUAUAAGAUGGCUAAAGUUAGAUUUUGAGUGUGUUUUAAAUUCAGAAUAGCUUUACUGUCAAGCUGGAUCAGGCAGCAGCCAAAGGAAAAAGUCACUAGGGAGUUGGCAUGCUCUGUUAAGUGAUACUUUUUAGUUGAUGGACAAAGGAAAAGGGUAGGUAAUAUUAUGUUUUGGUUUCAUAAAAUAAGAUCUAAGAAAGCAGAUUCACAGAUCAUGCUACAUGCUUUGCUAUUUCCGCCUUCCAGCUUCUCUCUCAACAAGGCAGAUGGUUACAAUUCGCUUCAGAAAUAUACCAGAAAAACCAAACAGACUAUUUCAAAAUAGAAUUAUUUUUUGCAUACUAUUUUUAUACAUUAUCCAUAUUUUUCUUUCAGUGGUUUUUUUUACAAGCACUAGUUUUUGUUUGUGUGGUAAAAGACAUGGUUUAAUAAUUGUGGUGAUUCCUUCACAGCAGAAGUUGUCUAAUAAAUGAAUGGUUUCAUUUUAAAAAACUCAGUAAUGCCUUCCAGUUUGUGCCUGAAGAUGUACUAAUGUGACUUGUAGAUCUGCACAAAAAGUACUCUGCUGCCUGUGUCCUGAACACUGUGCUGGCGUUUUGCUGCUCCAGUGACCUGAACAACAUUGUUUUAGUUUCACUUUGAAGUGAUGAAUGUGCUUGAGUGCUUUGAAUGUAUACAUUUCAUUUUCUAGUACAAUUUUACUUAAAUAAAAUAAUGUGCUGCU